CCUGCCUAUUUAUUCCCAUCUCGGGGCUCGACAGCACCAUCUCACCCGGAUUCCUGGACUGGAAAGCAGAGUGGAUAGGAUUGAGGAAGCAGAGCAUUACACUAGAGCGAAGGAGACAAUGGAGCAAGGCAAGGCCGCGCUCGGGUGGGCCGCGAGAGACGCCUCCGGCCACCUCUCCCCGUACAACUUCUCAAGAAGAGUUCAGAAGGACGACGAUGUGACGAUCAAGGUGCUCUUCUGUGGGAUCUGCCACACGGACCUCCACAUCAUCAAGAACGAGUGGGGCAACGCCCUGUACCCCAUCGUUCCCGGGCAUGAGGUCGUCGGCGUCGUGACCGACGUCGGCCCCGGCGUGAAGAACUUCAAGGCGGGCGAGACGGUGGGCGUGGGCUACUUUCUCGACUCGUGCCGCACCUGCGACAGCUGCAGCAAAGGGCACGAGAACUACUGCCCCACGCUGGUGCUCACCUCCAACGGCGUGGACUACGACGGCGCGACCACGCAGGGCGGGUUCUCCGACGUGGUCGUCGUCAACCAGGACUACGUCGUGCGCGUCCCGGACACGCUGCCCCCGGACGGCGCCGCGCCGCUGCUCUGCGCCGGCGUCACGGUGUACAGCCCCAUGAUGCAGUACGGCCUCAACGCGCCCGGGAAGCACCUCGGCGUCGUGGGCCUCGGCGGGCUCGGCCACAUGGCCGUCAAGUUCGGCAAGGCGUUCGGGAUGAAAGUCACCGUGAUCAGCUCGUCGCUGAGGAAGCGCGAGGAGGCGCUGGACCGCCUGGGCGCCGACGACUUCUUGGUCAGCAGCGACGCGGAGCAGAUGAAGGCCGCGGCGGGCGCCAUGGACGGCAUCAUCGACACGGUGUCGGCGGGGCACCCGAUCGUGCCGCUGCUGGAGCUGCUGAGGCCCAUGGGGCAGAUGGUGGUGUGCGGGGCGCCGAGCGAGCCGCUGCAGCUGCCGGCGUACGCCGUCAUCACGGGCGGGAAGCGCAUCGCCGGGAACGGCGUGGGCAGCGUCCGCGACUGCCAGGCCAUGCUGGACUUCGCCGGGGAGCACGGCAUCACUGCUGACGUCGAGGUCGUCAAGAUGGACUAUGUUAACACGGCGGUCGAACGGCUCGAGAGGAACGAUGUGAGGUACCGCUUCGUCAUCGAUGUCGCCGGCAGCCUGCAGCAGGGCGGCGCCGCUUAAUUAGUGAAUGCGGAAAGUUAUCGGCUUUCAUAUUGCCACGUGAAAAUCAUGAGUGUGUGUCGGUGUGUGCAAUUCCACGUGAAAUAAAGUAUGCUUCUUUUUCCUCGCC